UUUUUUUUUUUUGAAAAAAGGAAAUAUGCCGGUAGGAAGUUAGGAGAGGAGAAGAACCGAACCCCAGGCGCCUCUGAGGGGAUUUUUGAAACCACCUGUUCCCAUGUAUCAAGAUGUCCCUGGUGGACCUGGGGAAGAGGCUGCUGGAAGCGGCUCGCAAAGGCCAAGAUGACGAAGUCAGGACGUUGAUGGCAAACGGUGCGCCUUUCACUACGGACUGGUUGGGAACAUCCCCUCUUCACCUGGCAGCUCAGCAUGGCCACUAUUCCACGGCGGAAGUCCUGCUCCGAGCGGGAGUGAGCAGAGAUGCACGGACCAAGGUGGACAGGACGCCGCUGCACAUGGCGGCCGCUGAUGGGCACUCGCACAUCGUGGAGCUCCUCAUCAGGAAUGGUGCCGACGUGAAUGCCAAGGACAUGCUGAAGAUGACUGCGUUGCACUGGGCGACGGAGCACAACCACCGCGACGUCAUUGAGCUGCUCGUCAAGUACGGGGCCAACGUGCACGCCUUCAGCAAGUUUGACAAGUCUGCCUUUGACAUCGCGCUGGACAAGAACAACCCAGAGACCUUGUUGAUACUGCAGGAGGCAAUGCAAAACCAGGUCAACACCAACCCCGAGAGAGUGAACCCGGUCCCAGGCUCCGUCACCGUGGGCCAGCCGUUUAUUUUGGCCUCAGGGGACAUGAUGAGUCUGGCCAGCAUCGUCUCCUCGGCAGGCACCAAAACAACCUCAGGCGAUUCCCACAUUUCCACAGUGCAGUUUCCAAACUCAACAACCUCAGUCCUCGCCACGCUGGCAGCCAUUGCAGAAGCCUCCGGCCCGCUUUCCAACUCAAACAGAGCCCCCGCGCCUGAGGAAACAGUGGACUCCAGCUCUGCCAAUUCCCCCCUCCAGCACGUGGUCAGUGGCGGGGGCCGGCGGAUUAUCACGAUCAUGACCGACGGCGUCCAUCUGGGCAACCUCCAGGCGGCCCUUCCCAGUGGGGCCCUCGGCCAGCCCUUCAUCGUGACAAUGCAGAAUGGGCAGCAAGUCCUCACAGUGCCUGCUGGUCAGGUUGCAGAAGAAACCAUCAUCGAGGAGCAAAGUGACAGCGAUCACCACAUAGUAGAGGAGGAGGAGGAGGAAGAGCCCCCUGCCAAGAAAAUCAAGGUGGAGAAAGUUGCAGAUGACCUGGAAGAAAGCAAGGACAGCCGCGAGAGGGAGAUGUUGCAGCAGCAGCUGCAGGAGGCCAACCGGCGUGCUCAGGAGUACCGCAGCCGGCUGAUGAAGAAGGAGCUGGAGGCCGAGGGGUACCGGCAGAAGCUGGAAGCCAUGGACAGGCAGCAGGCCAACGGGACGGAAGAGGUUGCGGAGGACGACGGCGAAGGCCAGGCGGUCAGCUCUGCCGGCGUGUCGGAGGAGGAAGCCGUCAGCUCCACAGUGGACCUGGAACUCCCGACCGACGUCGCGGUGGAGACGGUCAGCACCUCGUAACCCUUCAGGUCUCCCUUUCGCUUACUUUCUUAAAAUAGGAAAAUCAA